UGCGCUUGCAGCACGGGUAGCGCGCUGAACUACAACGCAGUGCAUCUCGGGAGGCCAGCUGGAAGCUUUGUGGGAAGCAACUGGACUCGACCACCAUGCCCGGCUGCGACCUGCCGCUGGGCACAUGCCCGGAUAUGUGCCCGGCCGCCGAGCGCGCCCAACGCGAAAAGGAGGGCCGCUUGCAUCGCUUCGAGGUGGUGCCGGGGUGCUGCGGAAAACGGCCCCGCGCUGACCCGCAGCGCGCUGUGAAGGAGUACAGCCGGCCCGCCGCCGGCAAGGCGAAGCCCCAGCCGAGCCAGCUCCGUCCGCCGGCCGUGCUGCUGGCCACCGUGCGCUAUUUGGCCAGUGAGGUGGCGGAGCGCACGGACGCACCCCGCGCGGAGGUGGCCAGCUUUGUGGUGGACCGGUUGCGUGCUGUGCGAUUGGACUUGGCCCUGCAGAGCGCGGGUGACGCAGAGUCCGCUGUGGUGCUGGAGGCGGCGCUGGCUGUGCUGCUGGCCGUGGUGGCACAGCUCUGGCCCAGUGCAGCCGACGGGCCAGUGGACCCGGUGCUGCUGCAGGCCCAGGUGCAGGAGGGCUUCGGUUCGCUGCGGCGCUGCUACUCGCAGGGCGCCAGGCCGCACCCCCGCCAGGCCGCCUUCCAGGGCCUCUUUUUGCUCUAUAACCUGGGCUCGGUGGAGGCCCUUCAUGAGGUUCUGCAGCUGCCAGCUGCCUUGCGUUCCUGCCCAGCCCUACGCACAGCCCUGGCUGUGGACGCGGCCUUCCGAGAAGGCAAUGCCGCCCGCCUCUUCCGCCUGCUCCGGGCCCUGCCAUACCUGCAGAGCUGCGCAGUGCAAUGCCACGUGGGCCAUGCCCGCCGCAGAGCCCUAGCCCGCCUGGCUCAUGCCCUGAGCACCCCCAAGGGACAGUCCUUACCCCUGGGAUUCAUGGUCCACCUGUUGGCCCUGGAUGGGCCUGAGGAGGCACGGGACCUAUGCCAGGCCCAUGGACUGCCCUUGGAUGGGCAGGAGAGAGUUGUGUUCCUGAGGGGUCGCUACACUGAGGAAGGGCUGCCACCUGCUGGGACCUGCAAAUUGUUGGUGGGGAGCAAACUUGGAGGACGAACCCUGGAGGAAGUAGUCAUGGCAGAGGAGGAAGAUGAGGGUGGGGACAGAUCCAAGUCCCGGGCAUGAGGAGGGGUUGUGCAGUCUCCCAGAGCCCAGGACUGAGUCUGAGCACUAAGGUUUCUUUUUCACGAUUCCCACACAAUAAAAGGAACUUGAUUUAUAGGGACAAUAGCAGGCUUGAUUUAUUUGGGGAAGGGCAGGGAGGAGUUGAGAAAAGCUAGGGGUAUGAGGGUAGAGGAACCCAGAGUGGGCAAGGCUCUAUUUACCCUAGGCCUCAGUCGCCCUGCUGAUCCCUGAGGGGUGGCCCUGGUGGACUCUGAGGUUGGCAAUAUGUAUCCUUUCCUCACCCACCACCAAGGGCAAUUGAAGGUUUUGGUAUUCCCACCAUCCCCACCUCCUGUUCUCAACCCUCUGCCAACCAAGAGCCAGGAUGAGGGAGACUUUCAUCCAGGGCUUGUCACUCCCCUCGGGUGACCACAACUGGCAGGAUCCUUAACUAUU